GCCAGCAUACCGCUCUUAGGAGCAUGCCGGAUCACAGCCAGAAGGACGCCAUUCCAUCGACAGCGUCUGCCAUCAUCAGGCCCACCUCCCAGAAGCUAGCUGCUCCUCCUGUUCCAGAUCAGAUUGCCAUGGAAGACAAGAUCUAUAAUGGAGCUCCACGACUCGCGCCAGAAUCGGGGGAAAACCUGAGCCUGACGUGGCAGUGGAACGCAUGCGAGGGUGCUGGCCUUGACAACAUGGGGAACACCUGUUUCCUCAAUGCCACCCUGCAGUGCCUCACUUACACCGCACCACUGGCAAACUACCUGAUCUCCAGGCACCACUCAGGAAGAUGUACAGAUAAUGGAUGUUGCAUGAUGUGCAUAAUGGAGAGGCACACCAUUGCAACAUUCAGCUCCAAGGGCAAGGUCAUCAAGCCCUUGGAAAUCGUCCAAAACCUCAAACGGAUCGUCAAACACCUGCAGUUUGGCAAACAGGAGGACGUGCAUGAGUUCUUCUGCUACAUCAUAGAAGCUCUGCACCUCUCCUGCCCAAUCAACCACGACAAGCUGGAAGAACAUAUGGAGAAGACCUCGGUGAUUCACCAGAUCUUCACAGGGCAGCUGAGAUCGACAGUGGAGUGCACACAGUGCUCCUGCACCUCUGACACAUUCGAAAACUGCCUGGACAUCAGUCUUCACAUCAACAAUUCGCCAGAUCUGCUGGCAGCUUUUGCAGAUUUCACCAAGACAGAGACACUGGAUGAAUACACUUGCCAAAGGUGCUGUUGCAAGGUGAAGGCCACGAAGAGGAUGAGCCUUCACCAUCUCCCGAACGUCUUGGCCCUCUCCAUCAAGAGAUAUGACCUGUUUGGAAACAAGAUCAAUCGGGAUUGCCCGUACCCACAGCACCUGGACGUGCGGCCAUUCAUGUCACAGCAGGAGGACGCAGACCCUGUAGUGUACAGGUUAUACUCGGUCCUUGUGCACUCUGGGAAAUCCAGCACAGAGGGACAUUACUACUGUUACAACAAGAUCUGCGAUGGGAGAUGGUUCCGGAUGGACGACGACUUGGUGACGCCGGUCGACACCAGGGUGGUCAUGGAGAAACAGGCAUACAUCCUCUUCUACGUCAGGUCCCCAGAGAUGAAGGCCAUACCCGUGUGCAGUCAAAUCAACGGCGGCCAUGGGAAAUGGCAUCAAGAGGCGGCAGCGACGACCCUGACCCCGGAGAUCAACCGUGAUCACUGA